AUGUCUUCGGCAACAGCACCGUUGUUGGCGCCAUACACAGCCCCGCCACCGUAUCAGUCUCUACAUCUCAUAACAUCAGUCCUCGGGUCAACGAGCAAUUGGCUUGUGCUGAGGUGCCUCUGUGAUACUCUACAGAUACCUUUGCAGAGAAGAGGUAAUCUCGACGGCCUGGAAGACACAGCUGAUCUCGAAAGAGACGACUCUGUAAAAAGAUCCAAAAAACGAAAGGUCGUGCUUGUCAGUUUCCUUCGAGGUUGGGAAUUCUGGAGGGCGGAGGCAAGGAGAGUGGGUCUUGAUUCGAAUAAAUUAUCCAAGGAAGGGAGAUUCUCGUUCGUUGAUGGAGUAACCAACCUCUUUUCCCCCUCCCCUGCUCUUCAAACGCCGAAGUCUGUGGCGCCAGGAGAAGCUCUGGCGGCCUCCACUCGCGCUAGAAAGAGCUCGAUAUCUUCACCUUCUUUUCCAUUACCUGAUAGAACUCCUCCGAAGUCGUCAUCACAGGCUGCCCGUGCCCCCAAGCCGGGACCAAUCUCAUUUUCUGGCCGGGCCAACCCAUUACUUGCACGCCCGGCACCCCCAACACCACCUAUUUCUUCUGCUCCUCCUACGGCAUUUGCUACGCCAGAGACUUCUGCUAGAAAUGAUAACCGCUAUAGCCAGAACAUACGGAUGCUACACUGGGCACCAUCUGCGGGAAAUUCUGGUGGCUUGGACGGGGUGGAGAAGGUCAUUACCUCUGCUAUAGCAGACACCUGCAAGGGGCAGGAAACCCCGGACCAGGUUGGUGAUAAUGAUGUGCUCCUUGUCCUCGACCAGCCGGAUUUCCUCCUCGCAUCCACGGGCCCCAGCAUGCAAGUCGGUUCCACCGAGAUGGGCGAAUUGAUAAUGGGAUUGAGACGUGUAUGUUGGGCUACUCAAAUUGUCUGUGUCGUGCUUGAUGGUUACUAA